ACCUUUUCGCGCCCAGGAGAAGGUAUAAAACAUGCAUUUCUGAACGUGGUGCUCUAGCCACCCUUAGCAAACGUUACUAGUAACUCAGUAUGUCGGGACGCGGGAAGCAGGGCGGCAAGGCUCGCGCCAAGGCCAAGACGCGCUCGUCGCGGGCCGGGCUCCAGUUCCCGGUGGGCCGCGUCCACCGCCUGCUCCGCAAGGGCAACUACGCGGAGCGGGUCGGGGCGGGCGCGCCGGUGUACCUGGCGGCCGUGCUGGAGUACCUGACGGCCGAGAUCCUGGAGCUGGCGGGCAACGCGGCCCGCGACAACAAGAAGACGCGCAUCAUCCCGCGCCACCUGCAGCUGGCCAUCCGCAACGACGAGGAGCUCAACAAGCUGCUGGGCCGCGUGACCAUCGCGCAGGGCGGCGUCCUGCCCAACAUCCAGGCCGUGCUGCUGCCCAAGAAGACCGAGAGCCACCACAAGGCCAAAUGAGGGGCAAAGUAGGGAAUGUCGCAAAACAAAGGCUCUUUUCAGAGCCAUCUCUAUAGUCAUAAAAAGAUGACACUUGCUUUAACUGGACUAUAUUGUACAGGUAAGGAUGAUUUGGGGCAGAGUUUCCAGGCCUAGGUCAUCUUUAACCCUUGGCCACGCUUCAAUUAUUGUAGCCAAGGUCCGUCCCCCUUUGCCUUUAGUUUCCUACAAUGGCAUAGUGAUUAUUGGCAGGUGAGCCUACUUGCAAAACAGGGUAAAGACCCUCCGACCUUACCAUUUUCCCUGAAAGGAAGUAAUAAGCCCACAUGAAAAAUACCCUCCCUAUACUAAAAGGUAAAAAGACCUUGUCACCAGAGGGAAAGGGUCUCUAAAGGCUAGGGAGUUAGAAUCAGGGCUUGUAAGGUACCUGUUUUCUUUAUUCUGUCAAGUCCUCACAAAUUUUCAGUGGGACUAUCCAUGUGAUAAAAUGUGCAUUUCCUCCUGUUAAAUCUGUCUCAUGUCAAUUUAUUCCUUAAACCAGGUAGGGUAGAAGAGUACCAGAAGGGCAGAAGAAAAACAUGUUUUCCUUCCCUACACAGUACUUAGAAUUCUUUGCCAGCAAAUUGACAUUUGUGAACUAAAUAGACUAUAAUUUCAAAGUCAUUUAUAUUGAAUAUGCAACAACAAUAAAUUGACCUAAGUCCAUAUCUGGAAAUUAGUUGUAGAUUGCUUAUGGGUGACCAGUUUUACUCUCAAAGCAACUUUGGGAGGAUGCAGGAGUGGUUUCCAUAAAUGGUACCCAGAAAUCCAUUAGGGUUGUCAGUAGGAAGAUAGUAAAUGUAUCUUAAAAAAUUGCCUUUAAAGAAUAAUUUGUUUGAAAUGACAUGCUUACUAAAAGUGUUCAAAUAUAAUUUAUAGUAUCUAAUUAUCCACAUUACUGCCUGACAUCAACAUUGCCAAAUGAGAUGUCCAAUAUCGCAGUACAAGCUUGGCUGUAACAAGGUUGAUACUGAAUGCCAUUAAUUUGAUUCCAAGUUUUGAUUAUGGAGACUCACAGUUUGAAACAAACAACAACAACAAAAAUAAGAACACCUUUGAAAAGUCAAAAGCUGCUUUGAGAAUAGUGAGGUAAAAGAUCCUGGUAGUUGUCCACCUUUCUUUAUGGGCAAAGCAAGAUCCUUUUAUUCUAGGGCUCCUCAGAAAGAAUAUUUCUUUCACUUACUAGUACUGCCAUCUCAAGAAAUGGAGGGACAAAGACUAUUUCUUGUUUCCUCUUUCAUUAAAUUGUAAUAUACUUCUAUUUCUACAAUUUAUUUCAUAUUCAAGUACAAUGCAUUAAGGACAUGGCAGUAAGACAUUGCUUAUCCAAAAGAAACUCAGUCUAAUGGGAAGAAUCACACAAAAGCAAAUAAUUAAAACAUAAUGUAGCAAGAGAAGUAAGCAGAGGAUAUUAGGAGGGCAUAGAGGAGGAGUGAGAUCUGUGAGCAGAAACAUCUGAUCUGAGGGUUCAAGGGAAUUGGGAAUUAGAAGGAUGGUAAUGUUAGCAGAGAAGGAGCAUCAGUCUCCUGGCUUAUAUGUUCAAGCAAAUGACAGUUUAAUACUGGCAAUAAAGUGGAGAGGUAGAGAUUGCAAGACGGGAUGGGGAGCCAGAAGGGAUCUGUAGGCCUGUCCCUUGGUUUUAAAUAUUAUUCAUAUACUAAUGACUCCCAAAUCUUUAUGUUCAUCCCAGACUUAUCUCCUACACUCAGUGUGCAUAUUCAUGAUAUUCUUGUAUAUCAUCAGGAAACUCUAAAUGCCUAUCUCAGACUGAUCAAUGCCAUCACUACUUCAGUGAGCCUUACAUUAGCAGAUGGCCCCACCAUCUAUACAUUAGCACAAGCCAAAAUUAUCUGUGCCAUCCCUAUAGCAAAACAAGUCCUGGUACUGUGUUAUGAAAGCAACUUGAAAGGCCAGAGUUUAGGUUGAAGGCCACAAGAUGUCAGUUUAGCAUAUGAGUGUUGAGAGACAUGGAGUAUCCAAAAUCACAUUAACUAGAACUACUCACUGCUCCUAAAUAAAUCUUCAUAUAUUCAAAAUCGAAAGACUAAUUUGGAGAAUUGUUUACUGCAAACCUCUAGAUGGGCCUCUGCCCAGCCAGCAAGACUUUAUUGAUCAGUGGGAACUGGGACUUUUGUGGGACUUUAGCUUUAUCAGCUCAGAAGGAAGAUGGCUUAUCCUCAAUACCAAGCUGCUUAGAAAUUGGCCUUGGAUUGGAUCACCACAGCCGCAAGUGUGUGCUAGGGAGUGGAGGGCACUGCUUCCAUCCAAAUUUAUUCCACCAGCUCGAGAUUAAGGCAGAUUACAGAGGACACAAUACUUUCUGCUGGUAGGCUAUAGGACAUUUUUAAUCUGCAAAAUAUUAGCAUCAUCUUUACUUCCGGAUGUGGCAAUCACAGGUCCUAUUUACCAUGAAGUCACUUACAUAAAGGCACCUAGUGUAAUGGUCAAUGGUUUAACAGUUAGCAGCUGUGAUCUUUCUUUCCUAUUUCUAAAGUACAAUGUAAUUUCGAAA